AUGACGACUAUGGAUUUGCGUGUAGGUAACAAAUACCGCAUUGGACGAAAGAUUGGUAGCGGCAGUUUCGGAGACAUCUACUUGGGCACCAACAUCAUCUCUGGCGAAGAGAUUGCCAUUAAGCUUGAGUCUGUCAAGGCCAAACACCCUCAACUCGAGUACGAAGCCCGUGUCUACAAGUCCCUUGCUGGUGGAGUCGGGAUCCCUUUCGUCCGCUGGUUCGGCACAGAAUGUGACUACAACGCCAUGGUCCUUGACCUUCUCGGUCCCAGUUUGGAAGACCUUUUCAACUUCUGCAACCGGAAGUUCUCUCUCAAGACCGUCCUCCUUCUCGCCGAUCAGCUCAUUUCCCGCAUCGAGUACAUCCACGCCAAAUCCUUCAUCCACCGUGAUAUUAAGCCUGACAACUUCCUCAUGGGCAUUGGCAAGAGAGGCAACCAGGUCAACGUUAUUGAUUUUGGUCUGGCCAAGAAGUAUCGCGACCCCAAGACCCAUUUUCACAUUCCAUACCGUGAGAACAAGAACUUGACCGGAACGGCUCGAUACGCCUCGAUUAACACUCACUUGGGUGUGGAACAAUCUCGACGUGACGACAUGGAAUCUUUGGGCUAUGUGAUGCUCUAUUUCUGCCGUGGCUCUCUUCCCUGGCAGGGACUGAAGGCUGCCACCAAGAAGCAGAAGUACGAUCGUAUCAUGGAGAAGAAGAUGACAACUCCCACUGAAGUCCUUUGCCGCGGCUUCCCCAAUGAGUUCGCCAUCUACCUCAACUACACCCGUUCGCUUCGUUUCGACGACAAGCCGGAUUACUCCUAUCUCCGCAAGAUCUUCCGCGACCUGUUUGUUCGAGAAUCUUUCCAAUACGACUACGUUUUCGACUGGACCGUCUACAAGUAUCAGAAGAACGCUCAGGCCAUUGCUCAAGCAGCCGGAAAUCAGCCAACCCAAGAGGACGAGGACAAACCACGACGUGGCCAUACCGGCACCGCAGCUGCCACCGGAGUUCCUACCCCUCAGACCGGUUUGACCCAAGGCAAGCCAGGAGCCAUCUCCAGCACUCGACGCAAGGUCAUGGAGCGCGGCACCAGCGGCAACGACCAGGGAGGAAGCGACAGGAUGCUUCGUUCCGGUACAAGGGUAACCAAUGGCAACAGCGAUUAUCGUUGA